AUGUUAGUUUCAACGUUUCAUUGUAUUCUUUUAACGAACUUUUUCUCCUAUGGACCAAGUGCGAUUGAUUAUACUGUGCCACCAGUUCAUGAUGAUUUUGUAGGUCCAGUUUGGUUACCAUACAUCUUUUCCUUUUUUAAUAAUAAUCGUCAAAAACUUUUUCUUGGUGUUAAUGGGCUCUUUUCAUACAUAGCUGGAGUUAGCCAAUAUGUACCAUCUUGA